UAUCGAUCCAGGCUCCUUGCUAGCUCGUUACCCAAGGAAUCAACUGUCUCGUGACUUACAAUAUAGCCUUGUGGCUGUAUAGUUUACGACACAUGCCUCUUAUCGCACGAUGACAGCAUGCAAGUCUCUCAGCGGCGACGAGACGGUUGCACUGAGUGCAGGAGGAAGAAAGUCAAAUGCGACUUGCAGAAGCCUGUAUGCACACGAUGCCAGCGCUAUCCUAAGGGCUGCAUAUACAAUCUAAGUGUCGUUGGCCAGGGAGUGGAACCUCGCCCGGCGAGACAGCAGCUCAGUGCCUCUCGCAUAGGAGUUGCAGUUGAUCGACAGGAUCAAUUGAGCAUCAUCAAGAGCCUAGAGGCAUUGGCCAAUCAACCAUCACUUCAUUUCUCGCCAGCCCUGUCGUCCGAACAAUCCAGAUUUUUCAUGCACAUAUUCGCCACGGAAACAGCACCCAGGCUAUUCCCUGCAGCGCCCGAUCUGUUUCUACAGCGAAUGAUCAGUGCCUCGCUGCAGACACCUCAUCUUUUAUAUGCGCUACUAGCCGCAGCCUGCAGCCAUCACAGCCGGCUGGUGCAGGAUGCGAGUCCGUCGUCCAAGAUAGCGUGUUUGAAAUUCACAAACCUUGCCAUCUCCAGCCUGCGGUCGACGAUUGGCGAGUCAAGCCAGAGAUUAUCUACCGAGACAGUCGCCACAGCAAUGGCAUUAUGCACAAAUGACGUCUGUAAUGGUAACAUGCACGUCUGGAGGACGCAUCUCAGCGGAGUCAGGCAGCUAUUAAAUGCUUUCUUAGCCCAGGAGAGAUCUCGCUGGGUACAGGACUCGUAUAUCCAUUCGCUAGUCAAAUGGUUCACGACGCUGAAUUUAAUAGCGAGCCUGUCGGGACAGAGCCACACAGCAUUCGCCUCCGAGGCCGCACAGGAGCCUUUGAAUGAUAUUCUUGGUCAGAGCUCCGGGUAUAUCGAUGAUGUCUGCGGUUAUUCACUGGAAUUAGUCCCUUGUUUGACUCAAGUAUCCCAUCUCAUCCAGCAACAACGCAUGACUGCGAGUACCUCAGACGAUAUGCCACAAGAUGAAUUGGUCUUGCAGCAAAGCCAGCUCCUCGAGAACGAACUCUUCCUAUUGCUUGACAGUACUGUCUCCGACGUAACCAUGAAAAGCAAAGGAGAACUUGCUUUGGAACUACAACACACACAUCGCGCCUUUGUUCAUACCGCUCUACUGCAUCUACACCGCCGUGUUCAAAAGUUGCCGAUCAGCCACCCGAAAGUCAGAGCCGAUAUUGCGGGUAUCAUUCGUGCCAUCCAAGACAUCCGCCCAUUCUCAGCGGCGAAUAUCCUCAUUCUCUGGCCUGUCUUCAGCGCUGGUUGUGAGACGGGUUCGUCUAGCGAACGCUCCAUCAUUCAAGGAAGGAUGGCCAACAUGCAGAGUCUUGGAAUGGGGAAUUUUACAAGGGCUCGGGAGCUAUUGAACCUGUUCUGGGCAUCAGGGACGCCCUUGCAAUGGGAUGCGUUUUUCGCACAGCUUGGGCUGGAGUUGGUCCUGUUUUAG